AUGCCGGCCCGUGAUGAUGAUGAUGAUGCCAACCUGAUGCUGCGUGUGACUCGGACCAUGACUAUACCGUUGGCCACUGCUGUGUACCUUACUCAUGCGUGUGACUCGGACUGCACGGUCGGCCACUGCUGUGCGUGUGACUCGGACCAUGACUGCACGGUCGGCCACUGCUGUGCCCGGUGGAACCCCAGUUCGAACCUGGCGGUGUGUAAGCCUGUGGGGCGGGAGGGCCAGCUCUGCCACACGGCGUCCAACAGCAUGCCCUUCCCCUUCAGCGGCGUCAGGCGAUUCUGGAGGUGCCCGUGCCAGCAGGGUCUGACGUGUGAGGGUAGCGAGGGGAACAUCGGCCACUGUCGUCAGCCUGCCACCACCCCGGGCCCCGAGGGCCGCAAGAGGGCCUGGGCACCCGAGGAGCAGGCCAGGGUGCCCGAGGGACAUGCCUGGCGACCCGAGGGACCGGCCUGGCGACCCGAGGGACCGGUCUGGAAACCCGAGGCAACCGAUACGUUCAGCUAUGACGAUUUACUGGAGUGGAUGGAAGCGGAAAAGGCCUUGACGAAAUAAGACAGAACCACAGUAAAAAUAUUGCUGGAUUUAUUGAUUCAUUGGUCGCCUGAUUUAUUAAUUGAUUGAUUGAUUGAUUGAUUGAUUGGUUUAUUGAUUUACAUGUAGAGACACAUGGCGGUGUCUAACAUUCACAAAGUAAAAAGUAUCACCACGAUGUAGGAAUAGGCCCGGAAACCAUUUUCAACGUUACAACGGAACUGCAAUACACAUACAGUAU